CUUGUAGUUGCAGGAGUUCACAGUCGCCAGAAACGCAACCUCAAAAAUGUAAAGAACAACUUCAGUGUAACUGUCAGUCAUAAUAAUCGUGAUGGCAUCAAAAGGGAAGUCCAGCUGGGUAAUAAGGGUAUUAGGGGGAGACAUGGCAGACCUGGUUCCCCAGGUAAGCAUGGUCCACCCGGACCACGCGGGCCCCAAGGACCUAAAGGAAACAAAGGUGCACAAGGAGAUCAGGGACCAUCUGGGCCUAAAGGCGAAGAGGGCCCUCAUGGACCCAAGGGAGAUCCCGGUGAAUCCAUCUCAGCUCCUUCUAUUUUGUCACCUCCAGUGUCUACGGUGGUAAACGAAACUGGUAUAGCCUCGUUGCAGUGCGAGGUUAAAGGAAAUCCAACACCUCAGGUCACGUGGAUGAAACAAAAUUCCAGUCUUCCUUUCGACAAACGAAUUAUACAAUCACGUGGUGGACUGAUGAUUCGAGAUGUGACGUCACAAGACGGAGGUGUGUACACAUGUAAGGCGAGAAAUAUUCUUGGAGUCAUGACUUCAUCGGCCAUUUUAACUGUUCAAGGUAAUUUACUUCCCAAUUUUAAUGUCCCAGUAGUCUUAAUUCACUGUCAUACAACUAAACAACUAAAAUAAUGUUACAGUACUAGCAAUAAAGUAUAUUGCACCUAAGCUUCGAAAGAGCUUCGGGUCGAUAUCUUGAAUAUGCACUUGUUAGAACAUAUAAUUGCACAAGCAUUGGGUACCCCAUGCUACUAGGUCCCGGAGUCCUAGUAAAAAAUCAUGACGCUGUGGAAUUCUGAUUACGCCAGUAUGACAUCCGACUCCGUCGCUUUCGAAAACCAGCAUUUAAACAAAACUGAAGCCUCAGACUUCACAGGGGCGACGGCCUUAAGCUUGUUACAUUCAAUGAAAUAAUUUUUUUGUUCAGGAGUAUGAAAUUACUGUAUUGCAAGGUUUACUCAAAGAAAACUCUUCAUGGAUGCCUCAAAAUGAUCGGGUGAUAUGCUCUUUCGUGUUUAUUAAUUGCAGUUGCUACCUUGAUCACACAAAAGCCUUCCUCUGUUAUCGUUGAAGAAGGAGAAAACGUGACCCUUUUAUGCAAAGCUACUGGAGUGCCGAUGCCAACGGUUACGUGGCGAAAAGCGUUAGGUAUCGUGCCAAAAGAAAAGACUGCAGUAAUCGAUGGGAGCAUGAGCAUUGUAAGUGUAACGAAGGCAGAUGGUGGGACAUACGUAUGCUCAGCAAAAAAUCUCCUUGGAGAAGACUCCGCUGUCGCACUAGUAGCUGUGAUUGACAGGCUAACAUUUACUCUGACGCCUCCAAUAAAGUUUGUAGCCCCUCAGUUAGGUAACUUGAUGCUCAAUUGCAAAGCCCAGGGAUCCAUAGAGAUUUCUUGGAACAGAAAAAACAAAAAUCUUCCUCAGAAUCACGUUAUCUUCCCAAACGGAACUUUAUUUCUAACUCAGGUGACCGCAAGUGAUGCCGGAACUUAUACAUGUGUAGCUAAAAAUUAUCAACGAACAAUUAAGGCAUCGUCUACUGUUGAAGUGCCAAAGAAAACGUCUUGUAGCGGCAUUAAAUCAGGCGGCAGUGGAAGUUCAUCAGGUAAUUAUAUUAUUGACCCUGAUGGCAAAGGAGGCGUGACUCCGUUCAGUGUGUAUUGUGACAUGACUGACAAGGGAGGAGUUGGCGUGACAAUUAUAAGUCACGACAGCGAGAACAGAACAUAUGUUGGUAACAUUCCUGGAUGCGGGUUAAAUAACCCUGGUUGUUACCGUAAAGAUGUGACUUACAAUGGAGUGAGUACCGCUCAGCUAGCAGCACUUACCCGAGUGUCACAGAACUGUGAACAGUUUAUCAAGUUUGAGUGCAGCAGGGAUGUAGGCUUUGUACCGGAGUCGGUUGCCUGGUGGAUGUCACGUGAUGGGAAGAAGAUGAACUACUGGGGAGGAGCAGGUGGAUCAGCCAACAUGUGCGCAUGCGGAGUAACAAAGUCUUGCUCCAGUGGAAAAAAGUGUAAUUGUUACGAUGGUAACAGGGGCUGGACAGAAGACAGCGGUCUGCUGACGGACAAGUCUGCAUUACCUGUGUCACAGAUCAGACUGGCGGACUUGGAUGCCUCAGACGAGGAAGGUUAUCAUACUCUAGGGAAACUCAAGUGUUAUGGCCAGGCAUGA